AUGAAAGAGACGUGUACGACCACGUACACGCGGAAGCAGAGAUCGAAACCACAGAGAGGUAAUCGCAUAGUCGAGUAUGAGAGUCGAAUCAAGAGAUUAGAGUCGCUUCUACAUGAGCGGAACGUCACACAACCUGAAAUACGUCAACAACCGAUCAUGCAGGUCACAGACGCUUCAGUUCCGCUCUCGAAGUGGGUUGAAUCAUUGCGCCAUGAGGUAGAAACUGGGCCUCAACCUCAGCUUCCGGACCUCAAUCCCUUCGAUCUAGAGGGUCUUUUGCAGGGCAGCGACGGAGUAUUUGCAGAUGAACUCGGUGCUCUGUCUAUGGGCGACACUAGUCAAGGUUCUUCAGCAUUAGACACUCCACUCCCGAUUUCCUUAGAUGGCAUCCAGCCAUCAGUUGACUUUCAAGAGGAUGCUGCUUUCUUGCAGGGCGGGCAUUUCGGGCCGAGAUCGACCGAGGGGCUCAGUCCGCUCCCCCAACCGACAACAACCAGUCCUGAUAGUGAUUGGUAUCUCCCACCUCCAGAGCUUGGAACAUCACUGCUUGCAGAAUUCCUGACAGACUUGAAUACCGCCUAUCCACUCUAUCAGCCACAUGUUAUUGCCGACCACCUCCGGACGUGUUAUGCAGGGCUGUCCGAUGGCGCGGCAGUUGCUUGGACGAGCGCGUACAUUGUCUUCGGUAUGGCACAUCAUCUUCGCGGAAUGAGUGUGACUGGGAACAGCUACGAUAUGGACAUGGCUCAGUAUUAUCUCGCCCGCGCAUAUUCCACACUAAACACUCUUCUUGCGGCGCCACCGUCCCUAGGACAAGUACAAUGUCUUAUUGGGUUAGCACUGCUCAUGGUGGCCAGUCCUUGCAGCUAUAAACAAUCAGCAGGACACUUCGUCUCCACCGCACUACGUGUUAUCAGAAGUCUCGUAUACCAAGAGGAGAAGGACUGUCUCACGAUAGAACAGCUAGCCAACAGCGCACAACAGCGUCGCGUUUUCUGGAUCUGCUUUAUUAACGACAUUACUUUGGCCAUUCUGAAUAACACACAACCUACACAUAAGCUCCAGGAUGUUGCCAAUUGCUCUGACUUUGUAGCAGACGAACUCGGUGCACUUACUGCAGCCGAGGGUACAUGGCGAGUGCUCAUAUUUUGGUUGUUUACCAGGAUAGCUUUGCUCCAAGUCGAAGCUAUCGAUCAGGUGUUUUCCCGCACGACAAGCAACAACACUCCUCUCGACUUGAGCGCUGCUACUUCCAUUGUCUUCGCACGGCUACAGGCGUUUCGCGAGCAACAUCAUAUCUUUCACCUCUCCGCUGGUCAGAUUCAACAAUUAUUGUACCGGGCAGAUAUUUGUCACUGCAUUGCGCUUGAGGCUUACUACUUCGCUACUAUAUAUCGACUGCAUGCGUUUAUGGCCAUGGAUAUGAGCUCGAAGAUCAACCCUUUUGAGAUGGAUGGCUUGAGUAGGAUGUCGAAGAUGAAGCAACAUAAAUCAUAUUCGGAGGCGCGAAGACUUUUGAGUCUGUUGCCGGUAGCUCCGCGAGGCAAUGUCGCCUUGUACUGGAUGAUACAUUCCAUUCUCAUCGCAGCGCUCGUUACUAUCCUUGCACACCAUAUUCAAAACCCAAUGGCAGACGCCCCUUCGCCUACUGAAUUGCGCAUCUAUCAGCAACUAGUUGCCGACCUCGAUAUCAUGGUCGGUGCAGGCGACAAUCCGGAUUUGGCAGACAAGGCGACGUUCUGCAAGCGCUUGCUAUCAGCUUACGAAGCACGAUUCCGUGCUCAGAGGAUAGGGGGUCCUCUACGCAGCAUCGCAGUGACGAGCUAA